AUGAGAGGAGAAACAUGGACGAAAACGAUUUCAGUCUUUGAUGCCGAAGACGCAUUCGCAUCACGGAUGGAUUAUAUGCGAAGAAAAAGAAGAAGAAGAAGAGAAGUAGAAAAGGAAGAAGAGGAGGAAGAGGAGAAAGUGCGGAGGCAGAGAGCUUCCGAAUCUCGACGAAUUUGCUUCGUCCUCGAUGGGACCCAGAAGAUAACACGGAACUCGAGGUCUCAUCUGGGUCAAGGUUUGGUAAAAUAUUGUUCGAGGUUCGAAGCGUUUGCGCGGAGCGCGAACGCGUCUACCGAGUAG